AUCCGGCCCCUCCAGAAGAGAAAGGUGAAACGCCAAAAGAGCCCGAAAAAGCAAUCGGAAUCAUCGAUGUGUUCAAGGAGCCGAUACUGCGAAGAAAUCUGCUGGUUCUCUGGAUGAUGUGGUUUGUGACUGGAAUGACUGCUUACCUUACUGAUCUCUGCGGUGGUGACAUGACGAAAAACUUCUGGAUUGGACAGUUCUUGUCGGGAAUUCUGCUCUCAGUCGUGAGAAUUAUUAUUGGAUUCGCUGAUGGUUUCUUGCCAUGGAUGGGUCGUCGCGUCGUGCUUCUCACCUCCCAGGGACUGGCUGUCGGAUUCUUCGCUUGUGUCAUCGCUUUCUUGUAUACUGGAUCGAAGGGCGAAUGGUACUACACCGCCGUCUAUUUGGCAGCAUUCGUGUUCACUUCAAUUGUCUGGGAGCCAUGCUACCUAUGUGCUUCGGAACUCAUGCCAACAGAUGUCCGCGCAACAAGUACCUGGAUUGUAGCGGCGAGUGCUCGUAGGCCUACGUUACGCCUGCUUCAUUGGACGUGUGGCCAACAUCAUGGCUUCAAUGCUGGAUUAGCGUUCUCAGGAGGAAACGCUCUAUUCGCCAAACCCUCUACUCAUACUCAGAGCGUUUUAUCCCGAUUCCAUAGUGGCUUGAAGACUGUCUACGAACCUGGUGUCCAUAUGAUUUCGAUGGCUUGUGGUGCUGCAAAUGUGCUUGUGGCGUUCAUUUGGCUACAAGAGACAAAGAACUGCAGUCUUGAUACCGCCGGCAGGAAAGCCGAAGUACCUGCCGAUGCCAAGGCUGACGCCAAAGAAAUGGAGACACUUUUACCGAAAGCAGGCGAUGCAGCGGCCACCGCAGAUGGCACUUCAACGUCAAAGGACGAUGGCGAGGCUAAGCACUAA